CCUUCUCUCUCCAGGGACGCUCCAAAUCAGAAGCAACUCCUGAAAAUCUGUGGCGGUGGCCACCCUCCCGUUCCCUCCACGGGGAUCCAGCCUCGCAGGGCCGCUCCAGAGGGCCCGGUGCGGAGGAGGCUCCCGUGGCUGCUGGUCCCGAAGGAGAGGUCGGUUUGGGCCAGGAAAGGAUUCCGGGCCAGUAAUGGGAACCCCGGCCUGAGCCCUGCAAGGGGAUCCCCAAGAUUCCUAUCGCCCAGCUGAGGCCAAGGAGGAACAAACCUAGAGCUGAUCCACCUCCAUCCCACGGGAGCGCUCCUGGGAGGCUCGGCGCCUCGGCGGGGAGAGGAUGGCUCAGGAGACGAACCAGACCCAGGUGCCCCUGCUCUGUACCACGGGCUGUGGGUUUUACGGCAGCCCCCGCACCAACGGGAUGUGCUCCGUCUGCUAUAAGGAGUUCCUGCAGAGGCAGCAGAGCAGUGACCGGAUAAGCCCCCCAGCCCCCAGCGGUCCCAACAGCAGCCCCAUGGCUUCGGAUGCAAUUGCAGGGCAGCGUGCGGAGGGAGACUCCACGCCUGAGGAUGUGAAAGCCAGUGCUCAGACUCCUGUGACCCAUCAGAUGACGGCCAUGAGCAUAUCCAGAGAUGAAAACAGCAGCGAGACAGAAGAAAUCAUCAAGACAGAAGAAGCCUCAGCAGCAUCUUCCUCAUCAGGUACCCUGCUCGAAAUAUCUCCAAACACAGCUGAGGGCAAGGCAGCUUCGGAAAAACCCAAACAGAAGAAGAAUCGCUGCUUCACUUGCCGGAAGAAGAUCGGGCUGACUGGCUUCGACUGUCGCUGCGGGAACCUGUUCUGUGCCAUUCACCGGUACUCCGACAUGCACGCCUGCCCCUACGACUACAAGGCAGAAGCCGCUGAGAAGAUCCGUAAGGAGAACCCCAUCGUUAUCGCUGAGAAGAUCCAGAAGUUGUGAAAGGGGCCUGAGCAGCUCGGACUGCAGCCAUGUGGCCUGGUGCUCCUCCUCUUCCUCCCAGCCUUCCUCCUCUUCCUCCCAGCCCCAUGGGUGGUGCAAUGGGGAUGCCAGCAGCACACGUGAACCAGCACCCGGACACAGAGACUCCUCGCACCUCUUUAGCAGACAGUUGCCGUUCCUCCUCUCCCUUUCUGCCUGUCUGACAGCCACAGCUCAGCCCAGCCCUUCCCGACCAGCUUCCCAAGGGAAAAGGGACUGUCCUGCCCCGCUGCUCCAGUGCUGAGACCUUUGGACUUGUCUGGGGUGGUUUGUGUGGCGCGGGCGGCCGGGCUCUGCCGGGGCAGCCUUUCCCUUCAGCCGGCAGCUCCGGGUCCUGCGAACCACCCGGGACUCGCAGCUGGAGCCCGUCAGCUGCCGCUGGACUUGGUUCCCUCUGCCCUUCCCUCUCUCCGUGGCGGAUGUAAAACCGGAGCUGGGCAAUCCCGGCAGCCAGGCUGCCCUCUUGCUCCCGAGAGGUGUUUGGUCUCGGAGGCAGAAAAGGGGAUUCUGUAGUUUCAACGCCCUAAAUACCCUUCCCCUCCCGUUAAGACGCUGUUGUUGAAGCACCAGGAUGGUUUAAGCAGCA